AUGGCACCAGUGUUGAUUCUCCUGGCCUUUCUCAUGCCCCUUGGAGCUCAUGCAGAGGAGAUCAUCGGGGGCCAUGAGGUCAAGCCCCACUCCUGCCCAUACAUGGCAUUUGUUAGGUCUGUGCAUAGUGAUGGGAAAAGGAGUCGCUGCGGAGGCUUCCUGGUGCAAGACAACUUCGUGCUGACAGCUGCUAACUGCAGGGGAAGAUCAAUGAAAGUCGUGCUGGGAGCCCACAAUAUUAAGAUACAGGAACAGACCCAGCAGAUCAUCCCUGUGGCAAAAGUCAUUCCCCACCCCAACUAUAAUUCUAAGGACAAGAUCAAUGACAUCAUGCUGUUAAAGCUGGAGAGAAAGGCCAAGAGGACUAAAGCUGUGGAUUUCCUCAAGUUUCCCAGGGCGAAGGCCAGGGUUUGGCCAGGGAAGAAGUGCCAUGUGGCUGGCUGGGGGAUAUCAUCCUUCAAUGCUACUAAAGCAUCUGACCUCCUACAAGAGGCUGAACUGAGAAUUCAGGUGGACCAGCAAUGCCAGAAAACCUUUUAUAACUAUUCCAGGAAAACAGAGAUAUGUGCUGGAGACACCAAAAAACUACAGCUUGCUUCCAUGGGUGACUCUGGUGGACCCCUCAUAUGUAAUGCAAGACCCUAUGGAGUUUUAUCCUCUGUGAAUUUGGAGAGCACCACUCUAGCCAUAUUCACUAAAAUCUCCCCCUUCUUGCCUUGGAUAAGAAGAACCAUGAGGCUCCCCUAG